CAUUCACAUGAAAGAAGAAGAAGAAGAAGAAGAUCAAACGCGGAGGGAAGCCGCGAAAAGCUUUGUUUACAGAAUGGCGACCAAGAAGAGUCUAAAUGUUCGGAAAGUGCAGAAAACGGCCGCUGAAGACUCUCAGAAUUCAGCUUCUGGAAAUGACACCAGCUGUGGAAACAACAGCAGCGGAGCUCGAAGGAAGACUAAAUCAUCUGGAACAAUUGUGAAGUCUCGAUAUAUGCAGACUGAAAAGAAAACAUCUGUGGCAAAGAAUAAUAUGCAGAAUGAGUCUGUCCUUGUACCACCCAGGCCUGCUUCCCCUAAAGCAAGUGGUGCCCACAAACCCAGAGUUGGUACUCCACCAAGACGAACAUUAACCGGAUUAUCCGGGCAACCUGAUCAAAACUCCAUGCUUAUGCCAAGCAUUUUAGAGACCUCAGCUUUCGGAGGAAAUGUCUUGCAGUCAACAGUGCUGGACGGCCACUGUUUGCGCCCAGACUUUGACCUCUCUGUGAUUAAAGAAAAUGCAGCACCACCAAGUUCAGUGGACCCUAAAGCUCAGAAGAGGAACUUGGAGUUGGAGACGUUCUUGCUGGCCUUCCUCACUGCUAAGAUUGAACAUAAUACCCAUAAACUGAAGGAAGAGGCAGAGAGGAAUCUCCUUAUAAUGAUGGAGGAAGAGGAAAAGUUGCGUUUGAAAGUCAUGAGCAAGAAGCGACAGUACCUCCUUCUUGAAAAACACAAGCAGCUCAACGAUUUGCUCAACCUGCAGAUCACAGCACUAACUCCUGCAGCUGCCACUGCAAAACAAUUCACAGAGGAGUACAAGACGUUUGCCACAGCCAUAGACACGACUCGCCAUGAGUUACCCGUGAAGAACCUGCACAUUGAAGAGGAUCGGGGGAAAUUUCUGGAUAAGGCAGUUGUCUGUCUGAAUCAGAGUCAGCGAGCCUUGGAGCAGUAUGUAAAGGAUGCUUCCACAGGCAGUGAAAGUGCUGUUGAGUGCCUUAAAGAAAUGAAAAACACAGCGCAUGAGAUUGACCAGCAGCUGCUCAGUGUGUCUUCAGAGCUGUUGGAGCUGUCCUCACUUGUAAGCCGUGAGACUGUGUUGGUUCAGCAGUCUUUGGAGGAAGAUAAAAUUGGGCUUGGUACAGCGCAGACUCUCUUCUUAGACUAAUGCAGAAUUUGUUUCUUUGUUUUGUAUGUAAAGUUAUGGUAUUAAAGCACUGAAUUAUCGCUGAU